UGGCAGACUCAAUUGUCAUCUUGAUAUUUAGUUGUUGGAUUCCGUUUGUGUCACCUGCGAUAAUGGAAUCUUGGCUGCAUCUGCUCGCGGGUCGAAGUAGACAGCAAAGCUACGAAGAGACUCAACCUGACGCGACAUGUACCAGUGUUCCCUGCAAUCUCCGCCUUCUGUCUUUUACGCCAGUCGAUAUCUGCGCCAUUCUGACAUUUCAGCCGCAAUUAUAGAUUAAUCAGAUGUAUUUGCAAGCUUCUGAUGGAGUAACUGUUGUCCACUUCAAAUACACAAAUACGCAAAUACGCAAAUAAGCAGUUGACAAGGAACUACUCCUUUGUAGAGCAAGGGUUGUAGGACAAUCGCAAACCGUGGCCUCGCAUUCUAAUAGUCAAGUCAGCCGGGACAAGAUGGGCCGACGGAGCACUGAAUGGUAUAAGAAGCGGCCUUGCCUAUUAGUAUGAUCUAAAUUCAGCUCCCAUACACUCGCUUUCAUUCACAUCCACUCAUGUAAACAUCUUCGUUUAUUAUUUUUCAAACACUCAAUUCGCUCAUUCGCAUACUCAUUUACACAUUCGUUUCCUCAAAUCUGACUAGUGUAUUCGUCAUGCAACUAAAAGGCUUGUUGAUGCUGGCUACGGCCCUUACGUUUGCUAGCGCAGACAUUACUCGCGACGAAAUAAUGCGGCGAGCUGAGUUCUGGGUAGCUAAGCACAUCCCAUACUCUAUGAACGCCUAUGCACAAGACCCUCAAGGCGCGCGUUACCGCACAGAUUGUUCUGGCUUCGUCAGCAUGGCAGUUAAGGCUGGCACUAGUCUCAGCACCGUGACGCUCCCUUCCAUUUCUCAUCCUAUCGGCUGGGAAGACUUGCUGCCUGGCGACUUAGUUGGCACACUAGGCCCUGGAACGGGCGGUGCCAGUGGUCACGUCACAUUGUUCAAGUCAUGGGUCGAUGCUUCCCACACAGCGUACCACACCCUCGAGUGCAAGGGCGAUGCUGGCUGUGUUGCUUAUCAGCGCAAGAAGGGCUGGACUGAUGGACCCUUUACCGCCAAACCUUACCGUUACAACCACGUAGCGAAGCCGCCUCCGCCUCCACCAAAGAAGACUUCUACGGUGCUUGCGCAUUCGACGACAGCGACCAAAUCGAAGCCAGUCGAAGCUAAGUCAAGCACAACCUCCAAACAAACCAAAGCCGCAUCAACUGUUACGACAUCGGCGUCAGCAGGUUCAACCACUGUUCAUCACAACAACAACGCUAGCACGAGCUCUACUCUACUCACUAAAACCACCACCCCGUACAGCAACAACACCAGCACCACCUCAUCAUCUCCAUUGGUUACUUCUAUUGUCUUCACCACCACCGUUCGUACCAUUACAUCGUGCCACACGACUGUCAGGAACUGUCCCGCCCACAGCACUGUACUGAUUACGGAAACCAUCCCUGCUUACACUACAGUUUGCCCCGCGACUGACAAGAGCGUAUCAGCUACUGGUUCUAGAAAUGACAUCUCGGCCGCGCCCAUUGUAUCUACUGGGGUUCUACCUUCCAGCUCUGUUGGUGCUGCGGUUACGACAGCCCCAGUCGUCGCAGGCGCUAACAAACUUACCUGCGCAUGUGCCGCUGUUCUCGGUGCCUUUGCAGCUAUCGUUUUAUAAAGCCAACGUUUGCAAAUAACUAGGCAAGAGUGUUACCCAAAAAGGGCAUUGAAUGUCAGAGCUAGUUUUGAUAUUCCAUUCUGUUCUAUUUAUCCAUUGGGUAAACUGUUGUGACUAUUGUGACAUUGGACGUAUGUCACUUUACCAGAUGAGUGAAGGAACAGUUAAGUCACUGGAAGUGGAUGACAUAGGAAAAGGAAGUGAAUACAGGAUGUAUUCGGUGUAUUUAGCUAGAGCAGUUCCGACCAUGGAACUUGAAGAAAACAGCAAUGCUUUAACCCUAC